ACUUACUUCCUGAGUAGUUUUGUUUUCCUGUGUCAGUUGUGUUUUGGUUUCUGGUCAUUUGUUUCUUUUCUUUAUUUUUUUCUGAGCUUUUGAUUGCGAUGUCUGGACGUGGCAAGCAGGGUGGCAAAGCUCGUGCAAAAGCAAAGUCUCGUUCUUCUCGGGCGGGCCUGCAGUUUCCCGUGGGGCGUGUGCAUCGUCUGCUCCGUAAAGGUAACUACGCCGAGCGGGUCGGGGCCGGCGCGCCGGUGUACCUGGCGGCGGUGCUGGAGUACCUGACCGCCGAGAUCCUGGAGCUGGCGGGCAACGCGGCCCGUGACAACAAGAAGACGCGCAUCAUCCCGCGCCACCUGCAGCUGGCCAUCCGCAACGACGAGGAGCUCAACAAGCUGCUGGGCCGCGUGACCAUCGCGCAGGGCGGCGUCCUGCCCAACAUCCAGGCCGUGCUGCUGCCCAAGAAGACUGAGAGCCACCACAAGACCAAGGGAAAGUAAUUCGAUACGUGUCUGAGCUUCGGGAAACAUUUCAAACACAAAGGCUCUUUUCAGAGCCCCCACCGUUUCAAAAGAAGAGCUAAAGUCGCUUAUAUUUUAAAGUCCCGGAAAGUACAAAGCUUCUCACUACCGAGAGAUGCCAGGAUCCGAAAUGUCUGCCACGGCCACCAAUUGUAAGAAAGAAAUGGGAUGGACGGCUUCAGCAUUCCUACAUCACUGAUUGAUUCUGCACUUGCAAACUGUUUCCUAUUAAAAAUUUACUCUGGGUUUA